AAGAGUUCAUCGAAUUAGUUUGCAUUCACUGUACAUGCAUAUUUAAUUGUCAUGAAUGCAUUCGCUAAAACGUGGACGGUGUUUGUGUGAUGGACUGUGUGUUUAAAGAAACGGACAACUUCUAAAGAAAAGUGAAGCGCAAGAAAAUAUACGCCAAAAGUUGCUUGGUGGGGAAAACAAGGUCGAACCUUUCUAUUCUAAUAGGAAAUAGGUGGUCAAUAUAAAGGGUGAUUUUAAUUUUGUUUAAUACAUCCAUAAGGAGGUGAAUUUUCGGAUGGGUGCUUUAUGCCAUUCCAUUGGAAAUAAUGUUGUGCAUCCAGUAUCUAUCGGGUCAUUGCAGAAGUAACAUUAGAUAGGCAGUUGUAGAAGCAAACAAAAAAUGUCCUACGUGGUUCAUAUCAAAGCAAAAGUACAAACCAUAAGGAGUCGUAGGCUGGCUAUAGGGUUUAUCUUAAAAAAGUGUUUUUGUUUGCGUGACGUACAACAUGGAUGUACAUUAAGCAAUAUAGUCCUGGACAUUAUUUUAAUCAAUUUACUUAAUUUAACUUUAUUAAGCUUCAAGCGUAUUUUCAAUAUUGCCUUAUCUCGUUAAACUCGGUUGAACGUAUAUAAUAGACCUUUGAUAUUAUUGGUGGCAUACAUUUCAAUCCAUUGUAUGUCAUUAACUAUCUUGCCGUUUCUUACAGUUAUUGAUGUAAACUGUGUAAUGAUUGUUGUUCUUCUUUUUUGGCGAGACAACCUUUGACAGGGUUACAAGUGGACAAAAUCACUUUUGAGUUUAGUGUGAUCUGUGAUUUAUUGGUGUACACACUUUAGAAGUCCUAUAAACACCCUACCAACGUAUAAGGUACCUGUUCCACUCGAGGUUUGAACUCCCGACGAGCAUGUCGAUAAGCUAUGGAAAAACUCAAAACAAUGCUAUGGUAUCGACAUAUGGAAUACAUAAUGUAUGCUUAUUCGAAACGCUUAUUUUAGCUUAGAAGAUAAUUGAGUUUGACGAAAAAGAUAAGACAAUCUCAACACAUAGUGACGUGGCUAAUGUGUGAGUACUGAGAAAGAGUAAACAUGGAUAAGAUAGGCGAUUGCAACUCUACCAAAGAAAUCUACGCUAAUUUAUCGGGUGCGUACGUUCGUAUAUCUACAGCGUUCAACGUUUCGAUUUCAGCACUAUAAAGGAAUAAAAAUGGCUGGGUUUUCAUCGAAAGCUACAUUACGUUCAAAAUGGGGCGAUCUAGUCGAAAAUGGCACCACAAACACUGAAACCACAGCGGAGGUUUCUCAGGGAUUAAAACACGUUGUCGGAUGGCUUAAACAGGCUUCCGUAGAAGUAAGAGAAGCUGGGAAGCGGGCCGUCUCGCAAAUUCAGAAUAAUACGCCUAAUUUGUUACAUCUUCACACAACAACUCUUAUUCGGCAAGCAAACGAUCGGAAUUCUGGCAGCAUGACGGGAGCAGUGGAUAAAUUAACUCUCAUUCAUUAUAACGAUGUGUAUAAUAUCGAUGCCAACAGCAAAUCCGAACCAAUUGGUGGAGCUGCACGUUUUUGCACGGCGGUUAGAUCCUUUAGUCACCUAAAUCCUCUUGUCUUGUUUAGUGGUGAUGCGUUUUCACCUAGCAUGCUAAGUACCUUUACAAAGGGCGAACAGAUGAUUCCUGUAUUGAAUACUGUUGGAACUCAUUGUGCGGUGUUUGGAAACCAUGACUUUGAUCAUGGCUUGGAUAUUUUAAACGAAUGGGUUGAAAAGACAAAUUUUCCAUGGUUGAUGUCCAAUGUAGUUGAUAAUGAAACCGGACGGCCGUUAGGUGGUGGUAAAAUUACACACAUUAUGCAUCACAAUGAGGUGAAAGUGGGACUGAUUGGUUUAGUGGAAAAGGAAUGGCUUGAUACACUUCCUACGAUUGAUCCAAACGAAGUAACUUAUAUUGAUUUUAUUAAGGCUGGAAAUCAACUAGCAGAUGAACUGCACAAUCAGGGAUGCGAUAUUAUUAUAGCUUUAACGCAUAUGCGUACACCUAAUGACAUCGAGUUGGCCAAACAUAGUGGACAUAUAGAUCUAAUCUUAGGUGGACAUGAUCAUGUAUAUGAAAUAUUAAACAUUGACGAUACUCAUGUAAUAAAAUCUGGUACAGAUUUUAGACAAUUUUCAAAAAUCGGUAUAAGCUUAAAUCGCAAUCAGAAUGGCAAAAUUAACAUAAAUGUGGAGAAAGUAGAUGUGAACUCCACAAAAUAUUCGGAAGAUUCCGAGCUGAAAAAUGAACUGAAAAAAUAUUCUGAAACUAUUGAAUCCAAAAUGGACGAAGUGCUUGGAACGUUUGCUGUGGAAUUGGAUGGAAGGUUUUCUGCUAUUCGUACAUCUGAGACCAAUCUUGGAAAUUGGAUUUGUGAUGUGGCUCUGGCAGCCACCGGAGCUGACUGUGUUAUCAUCAAUUCUGGUACGUUCCGUUCCGAUCAAAUUCAUCCGGCUGGACCGUUUACUAUGCGUGAUUUGAUCAACAUCAUUCCGAUGCAAGACCCAUUGAUUGUGCUGGAAGUUACGGGAAAAAUUUUACAUCAAGCGCUUGAAAAUUCGGUGUCAACGUAUCCUAAAUUGGAAGGAAGAUUUCCUCAGAUAGCCGGAAUGUCAUUCGUCUUUGAUCCUACAAAAAAGGCUGGCGAGCGAGUAGAACCGAAAUUAAUUCGACUUGGCGACGAAUGGUUAAAUCUAGAACAAACAUAUACGCUAUGCGUUAAAAGCUACAUAUACGGAGGAUGUGAUGGGUACAACAUGUUCAAAGAAUGCCGCGUGCUCAUGGAUGACGAUGCUGCACCAGAACUUGGGUUAGCCAUUCAGAAUCAUUUCAAAGCCAUCGAUGUACGUUUGGGAAAAACUCAUCACACUAAACAUCGCCAGUCCCUUGUAACUCUGUCAAGACGUCACAGUAUGGUACAAAUGCUUGAAAAUCUAGAGUUGGAUGGCCCCACUCCAAUUAGACGGAAAUCGUCAGUAACAUUGCCGAAAAUGGAACAUAUUUGUAACAAUCGAGGAAAGCUUUUACGUCGUGCUUCGUUGGAUGAUUUGGAACAAAACAGCUGCCAACUUGCACCAACAAUUCAACACAGAAUUUUUAUGAUCCAAAAUCAAGAACACAUUCAAGAGAUGAUUUUAAGGCGGGAAACAAUUGAAAAGAAUUCUGUGAUUAAAGAAACAGACGAACUUACUCCAUAAGUUAUUGUAUUGGUUAAUUCGUUGUACAUCUGUUGCGCAAUUGUUAAAGUAUAGCUUACUAUGAUGAAUAUCAAUCAAGAAGAUGUGGAUAUUAUGCAAUCUGUAUUGGUGAAGCCCUGUAAAUAUAUUUUAAUAUUCAUUUUCAAAAUGAAUUAUCCUUAACCAACGAUAUUCACAGAUUGUUAACAAAAAAUGUGUUGUAAUUAUGGAAUAAUUUUAUACGACAGAAUAAUUUCUAGUAAAAUAGUAAAUACUACUAAGCAAUAGAUUUUAUAUCUUAAAGGGUGUUAUAAAGUGUGGAAUGAUAUUAUGUGCUUUGACUAUUGCACAUAUAUGUUCUAGAUUCUAUGAUCAUCGUACUCUACUAUAUAUCGCCACACGUUGAAAUUUGUUUAGCCUUAAUGGACUAUGCUAGAAAGUUUGAUAUUUGAGCGUUAGGGUUUUUUUCUUGAUCCUUAUACUUUUUAUGCGUUACAUUAUCUAUAGUCCAUGUUUGGCUUAUUUAUGGAUCUUUCUUGGUUAUUCUUAAUAUAAAAUGGUUAGCCUGCAUUUUCGUUGUUCUUUGUUUCAUGUUGAUUGUGAACUACCGUUAAAAUUUGUAAAAUCUGCAGGACGUCCAAUAAAUGAAUAAAUAAAUGGAUAGUAUAUUGUUGCCAUGUUGA